UUGACUUUAGUAGUACUUAUGAUCUGUAGCAAAAAUUAUGCAGUGCCAUCGUUGACUCUGACAAUGAUGACUACUUCUUGUCGGCUCAAAUUAACAGAUUAUCUAUGAUUGUAAAUUAGGAGAAUUUUUAACUAGUGAUAGGGCAUUUAAUUUGUGUAUUCAUUCAUUCGUUCCUUCCUUUGGUUUAGUCAUUAAUACCAUGUAUCCUCUAAUUGAAUUCAAACUUAUAAAAUCUUAUAUUGAAUUGAAACGACAGCUUAUAGUUGUGGCCAUUUAACGUUGUCCAUUCCUUGCAUAUGUGGAUAGCAAUUCGGUUCUUUAAUGUCUUGGUUUGUCAAUUGUACACAUCAUCUGUGGAAGUUAACAAGGUCCCAUUUCUUGACUGUUUUAUGCCGAUUGUUGAAAUUCAGUAAUGGUGAAUAUGGAUAAACAGUACGAAUAAUUAGAAGGUCGUAGUGAAGGAUGAUAGUUCUCUAGCCAUCAGGUGUCACGACUCGCAACGGGCAAGUGAUAUUGAGAGUUAAUACUGGGAAGUGAGUUUACCUUAUCAAAAGAGAAAAAAAAUAAUUAAUAGUGGGAAGUAUGAUGGUUGGUGAAUUUUCUUUUUUGAUGACCCUGGUGUCCAGGUCAGCUUUCGCACACCUCGACUAAUUUCAAUGGAUACCUGCUUUCACCAGCAACAUAUAUCAGCCAAAGAAUAAUGGAGAAACCUGUGGCGAUACUCAUUUUUACAACUGUAAUGAUGAGUCUUGAAUGCCUAGUACAAUCAGAUGCCUCAACACAUCGGUAUAAAAGUGGAGAUGAUGUCCCUUUCUAUGCAAACAAGGUUGGCCCAUUCUUUAGUCCCAGUGAAACUUAUGCUUAUUUCGAUCUUCCAUUUUGUCAACCAGAUAAUUUGGAAAAGAAGAAAGAAUCUUUAGGUGAAGUGCUGAAUGGAGAUCGCCUUACAUUUGCUCCAUAUAAGCUUGAGUUUUUAGUGGACAUAGAUGCCAAAGUUAUAUGUAAGAAAAGGUUGACAAAGGAGGAAGUUGCACAAUUCAGAACCGCUGUUGCACUGGAUUACUACGUCCAGAUGUACUAUGAUGACUUGCCAAUAUGGGCGUUCCUUGGGAAGGUCGAGAAGGAGGGAAUUGAUGACCCUAAUGAGUACAAAUAUCAUAUUUAUACAUUUUAUCAAUUUGAAAUUCAUUACAACAAGGACCAUGUUAUUGAGAUCCUAGUUAGAGUCGAUCCAUCUUUUACAGCUGAUGUAACAAAUGAUGAGGAAGUUGAUGCAGAAUUUCUGUACACAGUGGUGUGGAAAGAAACUAACACCCCAUUUGAAAAGAGAAUGGACAAAUACAUGAUGUCUUCUCUGCCCCAUCACUUAGAAAUUCACUGGUUCUCCAUUUUAAACUCAUGUGUGACAAUUUUCAUCUUGAUGUCAUGUCUGGGAGCAAUUUACUUGCGAGUCCUGAGGAGAGAUAUUUAUAAGCUUGCACAGGAUGAAGAAUUUUCUGAUAACCAAGAAGAAACUGGAUGGAAAAGCCUCCACGGUGAUGUCUUCCGGUACCCAAAGUGCAAGUAUUUGCUUUCUUCAGCGCUUGGUUGUGGAACACAGAUGUUGGCAGUCAUGGUGGUCAUUCUAUGUUUAGGUGUGCUCGGUGUUUUUCAGCCGUAUGAUCGAGGAGUUUUGCCCACUGCUUUGGUUAUAAUAUAUGCAAUAACUUCUGCGGUUGCUGGAUUUUCCACUGUAUCUUUUUAUCAUCAGCUCGAAGGAAGCAACUGGCUAAUAACUCUAUCUCUGACGGGAGGAAUAUUCUCUUGCCCCUUGUUGCUAACCUUCUUCUUCCUUAAUACCGUUGCAAUCAACUAUGGGUCUACUGCAGCACUUCCUUUGGGUACAAUUGUGGUUAUACUUCUCCUCUGGGUUUUGCUAGCAUUACCUUCACUUCUGUUAGGUGCGAUUUUUGGGAAGAGAAGAAGGUCUGAGUUUCAAGCUCCUUGUCACACCACAAAGUGUCCUCGUGAGGUUCCCUCACAGCGUUGGUACAGGAAUGUCAUAACCCAAAUGGCAUUGGCAGGAGUUUUGCCUUUUGCUGUCAUCUAUAUUGAGCUAUAUUACAUACUUGCAAGUGUUUGGGGUCACAGGAUAUACACAAUAUAUAGCAUUCUUUUUGCUGUAUUCAUUCUCCUUCUGAUUACAACUGCUCUUGUCUCUAUUGCUAUGGCAUACUUCCAACUUACUGCAGAAGAUCAUGAAUGGUGGUGGAGGUCUUUUCUUUGUGGUGGAUCGACUGGCUUGUACUUAUUUGGUUAUUCCUUCUACUAUUACUUUUCGCGGUCAGACAUGAAUGGUUUCAUGCAAACCUCAUUCUUCUUCGGAUAUAUGGCUUGUGUUAGUUAUGGCGUAUUCCUCAUGCUAGGCACUGUCGGCUUUCAUGCCUGUUUGCUAUUUGUCCGUCUUCUGUAUAGCUGUAUCAAAUGUGAAUAGCUGUUUGCUUUCAGGAACAUCCUUAGCUUGUUUGGAGAAAGUAUGUAUGCAUGCCGUAUUUAAGAGGCUAUUCUGAUAAAAGGAGGUCACAAUGUUCCUUUAAUGUGAGAACAAAGAGAUUUUACUUUUGUGUUAAUACUCUUGAACUGGGGCCGUUACAA